AUGCAGAGUCUACCCAAAAGCGAUGACAUUCAUCGUCAUCUUGCGCCCAGCCCCCUUGCUCAAGGUCCAUCUCAUUUCGAUCAACCCGAGGCCAUUAGGGGACCGGACGGUGUUGGACCGCAAAUCCGACGGAGCAUACGGGCCUUCGAACCCUCUUUGCAGGCUCCAGACACACUGGCAUCAACAUUGCGAUAUGGAUCACCCGAGCGCAACGGAGUUUCAAGACCAAUUCAACAGUCGCGAUUGAUGGACGCGAGCGAUGAGCUAAUCCACCCAGACCGCGAUGUCGAGGACUAUCCAGAGAAGCCAAAUCCAUCAACACCACCAACAAUGGCAAAUUUUGAAAGGCAAUAUCCGCAGCGGUACCAUCAGCGCGGCUUUUGGAAAUACCUAAGCGACUACUGGCACGAUCUCAGGAGUGACUUUGGCGCUCCGGACAAAAGUCUCGAACGGACAAACUCGAUAGGCGACACGGGUAUUGACCUCCAGGUCCUGCGGAGGCUGCAGCGACACAACAAGAUCUCCAAUCUAAUCGGGUCGUCGCUUCAACUUUCCACGCCUGCCUUUGGACACGAUGUCUCGACGCCACAUUCGCCAUCUGGGUCGGAAAGCGGCUUUGAAGUACCAGCAGCUGGAACGACAUCGUCAUCCUCCUGGCGGCGACGUGACCACAGCGUCGACUCCGGAGACGUGUCGCGGACGCUUCAUAGGUUGAAAGACAAGAUCAGCCAUUCCAAGGACACUAACAGAGCAGCCAAAGACACCCAGAUCAAGAGCGACCUGGCAGUUCGACGUUCCGUCGUUCUCCUCCUGACGUAUUGCUUCAUGCUGUACGGUGCACCCUCGCACCGGAUCGAAGACUAUGUCCUGCACCUCUUCGAGGUCCUGGGUCUGGACGGACGCGUCAACUAUAUUGUCGGGUGCACCGAGAUAUGUUUCAUCAAUGCGCCUCACCAUUCGGAUCCCACCAUCCGGUACUCGUACACGACUCUCGUCAAAGCACAGGGCCUGGACGUUGGAUCCCUCGACCGUGCAUUCCGCACGUACAAGGACGUCAUCCACGGGGAAGUCGCGCUCGAGGAUGCUGAGAAGGGUCUGGUCGAGCUGAUUGACGCUCCCUCGUUCUACAAGCCGUGGUUCCUGGUGCCUCUGUACGGGGUGGCCAGCGCCCUGGUCUGCGUGUGGGCUUUCAAAGGGUACUGGACGGACAUGUCGGCAUCGUUCGUUCUGGGAUGCAUCGUCGGGCUCCUCCAAAUUGUUGUAACGUCUCGGAACCCUUUGUACACCAACGUCCUCGAGGUGACUGCCGCCGUAAUCACCUCCUUUGGUGCUCGAGCGGUUGCGUCCAUCGGGGGUUCCGACCAGAAGUAUUUUUGCUUCGCGGCGAUCGCAGAGAGUUCCAUCGCCACUCUGCUGCCCGGGUAUAUUGUCCUCUGCGGCGCUCUGGAGUUGCAGUCAAAGUCCGUCACCGCCGGCUCGACAAGGCUGUUCUAUGCAGUCAUAUACUCUCUCUUCCUGGGCUACGGCAUCAAUGUAGGCUCUCAGCUGUGGGCAGUCAUUUAUCCGAAUGCACCUACUUCCGCAGUGUGUCCAAGAAUGGUAGAUCCGCACUGGAAGAUUGUCCUGGUCCCGACCUACCUGAUGGUUCAGGCCAUAUUGAUCCGGAGCCGACCAGCGCAAAUCCCUCUGCAGGUCUUGUUUGGCUCCGCGGCGUACACGGUGGAUUAUUUCGUGAGCCAGCGAGCCACGGCACAGAUAGCAGACACUGCCUCGUCCUUCACCUUGGGGGUCUUGGGCCACUUGUAUUCGCGAUCGCGGCACGGCUUUGCCUUCGCCUCUAUAGUUGCUGGGAUUAUGGUGCUCGUCCCGGGCGGCAUAGCUGCUCAGGGUGGCUUGAUCUCGGGUAUCACAGUACCCCUUUUCAGCAACGAGACGGUGAAUGCGCAACAAAUCUACGCCGACAAUCAGUAUCAGUCGUUUAGUGUGGGAGCGCAGAUGAUUCAAGUUGCCGUUGGCCUUUCAGUGGGCCUCUUGAUCAGCGCACUUGUCAUCUAUCCCUUUGGCCGCAAUAACAAGGCGCUGUUCUCGUUUUAA